AUGCCCCUCUUUCGCUCGCAGUCGCAAGGUUCUACCCAAUCAUCGCGCUCGAGGCGCUAUCGCGAAUCAACACAUCUCAUCCCGACACCUGGAGUUGAUAUAGCUCGGCCGGACAGACAUCAAGCUUGGCCGUUCUCCACAUGGAAGGUGCUCGCCUUGGCUGUCUCCAUGAUCAUGUUGGGGAUAACCAUCGAGGUAGCCCAGGCGAUCUCUGUGCGAAAUAAUGGCUUCACCGUCCCUCAAAAGAACGUGUUUGGAGGAGUCGCGUCGCCGUCGUUCUUGACGGCAUUCUUCCCAACGCUUCUCGUAUAUCCUCUCAGCUACUUCUGGAUUUCCGCAGAUCGUGUUCUUCGAUGGUACCAGCCGUAUAUCAUCCUGUCGCAAGGAGGCGCGCGUGCAGAAGACAGUCUUCUGGUGGAUUAUGUCAUUGUUGUCGUCUCUCUAUUUAGGACCCUCAGACGCAAAGAGUGGUUGAUCCACAUCUCCAUGAUCACCGCUCUUGCGACAAGUCUCUAUCAACCAUUGGCCGGCGCGGUGCUUUCAAUUCGCCAAAUACCUAUGACACAUCCGCAAAACGUGACAAUCACAACUACUCUCGGGUUGGCCCCAGAUACUACUCUGAACACCCUGGACCCAUUCCUCGCUGCAGCAGGCUUCACAGAAGCAGCAGCUUUCCAGAGUCUUCCCGAUCCGCCUUUCGUCCAGAAUGGCUGGUCGAUCGCACAGUUUAACGCUCCCUCCGCUGGAGGUCUUGACGUAUCCUUGACGCUGCCUACAACAGGAAUUAACAGCACUGCGAAUUGCACCGUUCCGCCGUCCAUAACCUUGAACACCAGUAAUGCGAGCGAUUUCACUAUCACUGCGACCGACAAGGAUGGUUGUACAUCCGUCGCAUCCUUUGACCCUUCAAGCGCAGACCAACAAUACGGCACGUCGCAGGCAUAUCCGGGUACCUGCGGGCUUGACCCGACCCUCGACGUCUCAUUCUCACCCCUCGUGUUCUGGUUCUUCCACACUGCCAACAAUGGGACCCCGCAAGCUCAAGCUGUCAUGUGUCGCCCCAGCAUCCAGCUGUACAAUGUGGAUGUGUCGGUGUACCUGACGAACAAUAGCCUGACAGACGCGACAGUUCUCAAUAACUUCACGUCUCCGAAUAAUAUCACUGGAGCCCCACUGAAUGGCAAAAUAUAUAAUGCGGUGCUUUUUAAUCAGAGCGGCAUGGACGACUUCGUCAAGGCGCGAGCGGUGGCCAUCCAAUCGCUAAUCCCAGGCGCUAUCUUCCGCCUCGCAUCCCAGGAUCCAGCCUUCCUGCAGCAGUCCUUCGAUAGCCCGGAUAACUUCUUGUCGCUGACAAACAGCAUAUAUACGCAGCAUCUCGCGGUCAGCGGAAAGUCGGUGUACUUCGUGGCGGAGAACGGGAACGCCAUGGCGCAAGAGACGUCGUUGGUCGAGCGUCUCGUAAUCGACGCGCUGGCAGCGCACGGGCUCGCGGGGCUGCUGAUGCUCAUCGGCCUCACCGGCAUCGCCGUCCACCUGCUGCACCGCCACAUGCGGCGGGGGCUCUACCUGAGCGCCGCGCCGGGCACCAUCGCCUCCGUCGUCGCGCUCACGUCGCACUCGGGCUUCGGCGACCUGCUGUACCCGUACGACGACCCGCGGGCGAUCCGCGCCAAGCUCGCGAACCUCCGUUUCAGCCUCGACCGCCGCACCGGCGCGAUCGUCGCGGACGAGUACGGCUACAACGGUUCUGCGGAGGAGAUGCGGCGGCGCGUGGGAGAGCAACACGCGGGCGGCGCCGAGAAGAUGGAGAUGCGGCGCAUGCCGGAGCCCACAGCGGGUCUCGUUCAGCACCAGCCGCAGGCCGAACCGGACAUGGAGGAGGCAUAUAUGCCUGAGCUGCCCUAUGAGCAGGAGCCUCUAGUCUCGCCACGACCCACACGCUAG